UCAGCCAAACAAUCUAGGCAUGGUGGCACCACUUCUCUUUGUUUGGUAGUUUCAGGCCUAAGCGCCAAUGAUGGAGGGCUCAUCAGCCAACAUGUAAUUCCUAAGGCAGCCGAUCAUGACGAGAGGGACAUGAUCAGGCUUUAAAUAUGCUUACCUCUUCGCACUCUCGACAGGCGUGUCUUGUGCCAUCUUUAUUUCGCGGCAGAUAGAUCUGUUCCGUGUGUACAAGAUGCAGGUCAUCGACAAAGAUUGCAGUAUCCAUUGCCGAUACCCCCGGUCUGGCCGAAUCGUCUAUUCAACUGAUCCUACGGCAUGCCCGACAUUUCUUCAUCUACAUGAUGACAGAGGAUAUUGCAUGCCCGAUACCAUCUCAACCAGCUCACUGAUCAUCAAACACCGAGCGUCCACCACCAACAGCUGGGAGUACUUCUACGUGACAUCAGAUCUCCGACAACCAGUAGGCCAUGGGGCCGGCGACACACAAAAGUUCCGUCCGAUGCGUAUCGGUAGAUGCGUGCCCGUCGGAAUGAAAGCCUUUUACCCUGACACUUAUAGACGGAGUGAGUGUCAACAGACGAUAGAACUCGUUCAUAUCCACAAGCAAGAGAACGAGUCGCAAGAGGCCUUCAACAGUCGAAUGACCAACAAGAGUUUCACACAACGUCCUCCGGUCUUGCUUCAUGACCUUUACCUUGAAGUUGCAAAGAUCUCCGAGGUCCAGGAAGUUUACAAGAACUGGCGUGCCUCCAAACCAGAAGAGAGGAUACCUUCCUUUACCAUCGAGCGCUACCAGGCAACGUGGUAUAUGGGGACGGGCUUUUCUGCCUAUGGCAAAGCAGAGCAUUAUCAUUGGCGGAUCCCACUCGAAAAUCCCAACCCGAACAUCACCAGACUUUCUGGGUCGGAUAACGGCAGUUUGGUCUUUGAGUGGGGCAAGGAGACGGGCAAGGCGGGUAAGCCCAUUGGCAAGAUACUCGGGAUCGUCGAGUCGAUGUCAACCUGGAGCCAGGAAGAUGACCACGCCAUCGUCGUUCCCAUGAUAAAUGUUGUCGACGACCUUAUGAAGCGUUUUCACUCCUUAUUUCCGCCCCCGAAAGCGGCAAGAAGGGCAUGAAGGGGAAAGCGAAAGGUUGAUCUGAACGAGUUGAGUCAUGAUGAUCUGAGCAAAGCUUAUGCAAGCUCAACUUUUGACUAGAAUUGGUGGUACUUUGGGAAAAUGUUCAAGAACAAUGAAUUGUACGAUAGGUAGCUUAACCC